CACUGGGAGAAGCAGCCUGCCCGAGGAAUUUUUUUGCCCUUCGGGACCCAGGAGGAUGAAAGUCAUCACCUGUGAAAUUGCCUGGCACAACAAGGAGCCGGUGUACAGCCUGGACUUCCAGCACGCGGCGGCCGGGCGGAUCCACAGGCUGGCGUCGGCGGGGGUGGACACGGCAGUGCGGAUCUGGAAAGUAGAAAAAGGACCAGAUGGAAAGGCCAUCGUGGAGUUUUUGUCCAAUCUUGCUCGCCAUACCAAAGCCGUCAAUGUUGUGCGUUUUUCUCCAAAUGGGGAAAUUUUAGCAUCAGGAGGAGAUGAUGCUGUCAUUCUCUUGUGGAAAGUGAACGAUAACAAGGAGCCCGAACAGAUUGCUUUCCAGGAUGAGGAUGAGGCUCAGCUGAAUAAGGAGAAUUGGACUGUUGUAAAAACCCUGAGGGGCCACUUAGAAGAUGUAUAUGAUAUCUGCUGGGCAACUGAUGGGAAUUUAAUGGCUUCUGCCUCUGUGGAUAACACAGCUAUCAUCUGGGAUGUCAGUAAAGGACAAAAGAUUUCAAUUUUUAAUGAACAUAAAAGCUAUGUACAAGGAGUAACCUGGGAUCCAGUGGGUCAAUAUAUUGCUACCCUGAGCUGUGACAGGGUGCUGCGGGUGUACAGCACACAGAAGAAGCGUGUGGCCUUUAAUGUUUCAAAGAUGCUAUCUGGAAUAGGGGCUGAAGGCGAGGCAAGAAGUUACCGGAUGUUUCAUGAUGACAGCAUGAAAUCAUUCUUUCGUAGACUCAGUUUUACUCCUGAUGGAUCUUUGCUUUUCACACCAGCUGGAUGUGUGGAAUCUGGUGAAAAUGUAACAAAUACAACUUACGUUUUCUCCAGGAAAAAUCUUAAAAGGCCUAUUGCUCAUCUUCCAUGUCCUGGGAAAGCAACGCUUGCUGUUCGCUGCUGUCCGGUCUACUUCGAGUUGAGGCCAGUAGUGGAGACAGACAAAGCAGCCCGAGAGCCAGGCCCGGAGCUGGUGGACCUGCCCUACCGGCUGGUGUUUGCUGUGGCUUCGGAAGACUCUGUGCUUUUAUAUGACACCCAGCAGUCAUUCCCUUUUGGCUAUGUGUCUAAUAUACAUUACCACACCCUGAGUGAUAUUUCAUGGUCCAGCGAUGGAGCCUUCCUGGCCAUCUCUUCCACGGAUGGUUAUUGCUCCUUUGUGACAUUUGAGAAGGAUGAGCUUGGAAUCCCUUUGAAAGAGAAGCCAGUUUUGAUCACAAGAACUCCUGAUAUAGCAAAGAAAACUAAGAGUCAGACCCACCAAGGGUCCUCGCCAGGACCCCGAAUGCCAGAGGGAACCCCCACCAGCAGAAGCCAAGACCCCAGCAGUCCCUGUACACCCCCCCCUCAGGCCAAACAACCCCCAGCCCCAGCAGCAGUCAAGGACACACCGUCGACAACUCCUGCCACCAGAAGCUCCUUGCCGGCAUCCUCAGAGGAGAAGAAAACCCUGCAGCCUAGCAGUCAAAACACAAAAGCCCACCCAUCCCGGAGGGUCACUCUGAACACACUGCAAGCCUGGAGCAAGACCACACCCCGGAGAAUAAACUUAGUACCCUUGAGGACAGAUACGCCAUCAAAUUCAGUACCGACCAGUGCCAUUUCCACCCCUUCCACAGAAGACAUUCUGUCAGAGAUGCCUGGAGACUCUCAGGGCAGUCCUCCUGAUCAGAAACGCCCCAGGCUCAGUGAAGACCAAGGGAGUGCCCAGACUUUGGGCCCUUGAUGAGACCCCGUCUUCUGCUGGGGGGCCUGCUGUGCGUGUGUACCCCAUCUGCACUGAGAGGCCAGGCUGAGGGCCUGAGACCCAUGGCCUGAGAGGAGUGGCGGGCCCUCCAGUGGACUCUGCGAUGGAAGAUAUGCGUGCACUGAUUUUUCUCCAGAAACAUGUUUGCUCUUGUUUUCAGUAUACAUUUUUAAUUGGGGGAUAUGAACAUUUUAAUGGACUAAAUCCUCUUUCUGAUGAGUUUCUGAAAUGAAAAUCCAAUAGUAUCUAGUGAAAACCAGUGUGAAUCCUCCCCUGAAAAACUUCAGUAAAAGUAGAGACACUUUGUGGGAAGGUUAAAGAAUUGGAGGAAUAAGUAAUUUGAGGUUAGUCUGUUGAAUUUUAGAGUAUUUGGAGUAAUUAUUACCUUCAUCUUUGAAUUAAUUGGUUAAUUUUUAGAAGUUUAUGUUUAUUUCUUAAGUUCAUGAUUUUAAAGGUAAAGCUCAUUCCAGAAGUUGAGUGAACUGCAGUGAAAUAAAAUAACAGGGGCUAGAGGUGGGGACCCACCCAUAGUCUCACCCCCAGAAGUUACCUCUUUUAAUGUUUUAUCAUAUUUUCUUCUUAUCA